AUGAAUUCGAACAACUCAUUAAGACUUAUACUCCCAAAGAACAAUGUAUGUCUAUCUACUGUUAGUUCGAGAACGUCUACCUCUGGAUCCGAUUCGCUGGUCUGUACCUUGCCUUCGCCUUCACGUAGGACAAUCGUCCCACGAAGAAAUCAGUGCCCUUCAUUGGCUGUAAACACUGAAACAACAGAAACGGAUGAUUUCAGUGAAAAUGAUAUCGUGCAUUAUGGAGAUGUUGAAUCCGGUAAUCAAGAAUUUUAUCCUCCCAGAAGCUACCGCGAACUAUAUGCUAACACGAUUGUCCCUCGUAAGCAUUUAAGAGCUACACAUCGAUGGGUUUCGCUACCAUCCCACAGUACUCCCCGAUUACCGAUUGCUUCUGUAACGCUUCCACCUGGACCGCGUCACUCUGGCUUCGACGUGAAUAAGGAAGGAAAACUGCGUCCAACUGUCAAGUUUUUGCUUCGCAUAGGUUCGGCGCUUGUACGACACCAAUACGACUCAGCGGCUGUGGAGAAGGCAAAUCCUCCUCCUCAACUACCACUUUGUAAUCGACGUAAACGCCGACGUAUAGAGGAGAAUCCAAUGCAAUCGAAUGACAAAAUAUCUUUAGUUCCAUCAGUUAAUAUUUCUCAUUUAACAUGGAAACCGAAAACUUAUCAUCGUCGCUGGGAUGAGAUAUGGAAUUACUGUACUAAUAACAAAUGUCCAUAUGUUCCUGCAUCUGCUAUGCAGUUACUACGAUUAACAUCAGGAAUUUGUUAA